CCCCAAGAUGGCGGCCACCAGGCGGUCGCGGCUGCUCCUAUGGAGGUUGUGGCCGGUUUGUGGGGUUUCGCUGACCCCGGCAUGGACCCGGAGCCCCGAAGCGCGGACUUACGCCCGGAGCAAUGCCCCGUCGUCGCGCACGGCGCUGUACGACCUGCUCGGCGUCCCCGCCACCGCCACGCAGGCCCAGAUCAAGGCCGCGUACUACCGGCAGAGCUUCCUCUACCACCCGGACCGCAACGCGGGCAGCGCCGAGGCGGCCGAGCGCUUCACGCGCAUCUCGCAGGCCUACCUGGUGCUGGGCAGCGUCAGCCUGCGCCGCAAGUACGAUCGCGGCCUCCUCAGCGACGAGGACUUGCGAGGCGCCGGCGUGCGGCCUUCCCCGGCACCCGCCGCCCCUGAGGCCUCCGCACCCCGCGCCCCACGCGCCGCCGAUCGCGCCCCCGGGGUGCAGUCGGCCGCGCCGGGCGGACGCCCCAUGUUCAACUUCGACGCUUUCUACCAGGCGCACUACGGGGAGCAGCUGGAGCGCGAGCGGCGCCUGCGGGCCCGAAAGGAGGCCCUGAGGAAGCGGCAGGAGGAGCGGGCCCAGAAGGGCUUCGGCUGGAGCGAGACCCGGGACGCGGCGUUUCUGUGCCUCCUGCUCUCCCUCUUCCUCCUCCUCGGCUUCCGCAUCUAAGGGCGUCUUGGAGUUCCCACCCAUCCCCCGUUGGCCUAGAACCCGUGGCCCUCUCCUCUCCUCCCCUCUCUCCAGCAUCUACCUCUCCUGGGGUCUGGAACAUAUGGCAUUGCACUCACUUCUCCGACCCCAGCUGCCAGGUCAGACGGAUACCCCCUCCAAGCCCCCCGAAGAGACCCUCGGAAAAAAAAAGGCCCCAUCCCCACCCCCCCUGAAGCCUGUGGAGGAAGAAGGGGUUUCAGGCUCCCCCGCGGGGCAUCUGCUGCCAGAAGUUGCCUUCCUGAUGGUGUGGAUUUCUGGACCCUUAGCUCCUGCGUAUUGGCCAGGUUCUGGGCAAGAUUCGGGCGCUUCUAGCCCCCAGCCCUGUUUCUGCGGCUAGGACAGGCCUACCUGGGUAACCUCAAAAUAACGUGCAAUGUGACCAAUUUGUUUGCUGCCAGAAAUAAUAAUGAUACCAAAACCC